UUCCUGUUCGCAACGAAGCAGAUCUCGACCAGCAGCCGCGCGCUGGUACACGAGCUCAUCCCAUAUAUCGAUAUCCUUACCGAGCACCUCGACGACUUUGCGGAUGACGACACACUCGUGGCGACCGUUCGUGCAGCUGCGGAGCGCGGGCACGUCGUCCUCAACAAGUACUACGAGAAGACGGAUGAGUUGAUUGUCUAUCGCAUCGUGAUGAUCCUGCAUCCCGCUUACAAGACUCAGUACUUCCGCUUGCACAAGUGGACUGAAGAGUGGAUCGAUGAAGCCAAGGACAUCAUCAAGGAGGAGUGGGAGACAUACUACAAGCCAGCCGACAUUCCCGUUGUCCCCACGUUUGUCUCUGCGUGCUCCAGCUCCGGAGUGUUCUCGACAAAGGCCAAGAACACCGCAAAGACUCCCAUAGGCGUCCAAGGCCAUGUUUGCAUCGAUCUCUGUAAACGCCAACAAGAACAAGGACACCCUCACCGCCUACCUGUCUCUGAUCCCUUGAUCUACUGGGAUCUGGUCUUGAAGAGUGCGGAAGACCCGAAGUCGGCCGACUGUGCACUGGCCAGGAUGGCCCUGGACUUCUUGUCCAUCCUAGCUACUUCCACUGACACUGAGCGCACGUUCUCGCAUGGGCGCCUCACCGUGUCUCGCCUUCGGCACUCCCUCGGCAAAGACUCCGUUUGUGUGGGGACUGUGGCCGGCUCGUGGGCUGGCAUCCCUGCCAUCCUGCGCGAGGACGACCUCGCGAACAUAAUA